AUGCCAGCCAUCCCACGAUCUUCGGACGUAGAUAGUGCUUUACCUCUUGAUCUGGAAGCACCGACACGACUCUCGCCACCUCGACCGCCCGGCGACGAGCCUGGGACCGCUCGUCAUGCUGGACCACUUUUGCCAGAAGUGCAGUUGCACAAAUUCGGCGGCAGCAUCGUGAAUUCUGUGACUGUCCACCGGCUUCCUGGCGGUGCUGAGGGUUUGGCAGAUGAGGAUGUCAUGAUUUUGAGUAACAACGACAAGACCGUGACAAUCUAUUCUCUGACGCGAUCGAAAGUCCUCAAGGUUCUUCACCACCAAGCAUGCAUGAACUACGCUAUCAUAUCGCCGGACUCGACUCUUCUUGCUGCGGUCGGAGAUGACACUCGUGCAUACUUUUAUCGUAUCACAUGUAAUGCAGAGACCACAUUCGAGACGGAAGAUGGUGAGAUGCUUCCUGCAUGGGAUUGGGAGCUCAUUCGCUGCAUAGAGAUGGACAUUGGCACUCGUUUUGACGACGGAUGUUGCUUCACGAUUGCAUUCUCUCCCUUCAGCCGAUUGUGUGCGAUUGGAUCGCAGUCCGGAGUCAUCACUGUAUUUGACGUAAAAACGGUUCGGGACAUCUCUGGUGAGCCAGACGGUAAGAAUGCAAUAAUAUGUCACUUCAACUCCUCCAGAGCCUGUUGCAGCGGUGGCGCUGUGAGAUGCAUGGCUUUUGCGCCGGAACCCUGGGACCUUUUGGUUUGGCUCGAGGAUAAGGGACGAGCUGGGGUUGCAGAUGUCCGCCAGGCUUUCAUACGCAGGCAAGUUCUAAACUUGGACAUGAACGACCCAAACUUGCAAGAAAUACACACGGAGCCAAUCCUUGAUGACACUGAAGACCUGGAUUAUGACCUCGAUGGUCGGCUUUUCCCCGAGACUCGGCGUGAGAUGGAUGCGUCCCAGCGGGCUAUUCUCGAUUCAAUCGAGCGCUCUUCAAACGAGCGAGGAAAUGGAGUGGAUAAUUCUCCUUUACGUGAGAGCUUGAUACAGGACCUCACGCAGAGAGAGAGACUGAUUGUGGAAUUCAUGAAUACAGCACGGUGGACAUCGCGACUGGAAGAAGGCUUGACUGAGCGGCGAGCCAGAAACGCCCAACCGCAUCCUGUACCUCGUUCACGGUUUCAAGGUUCCACAGAGGGCCCUCACCGAGCAUCCCGUCCCACAUCACCUUUACGUCGCAGUGACGCUCUACAUGACCUGUUUCGGGACAAUUAUCUUAGCCAUACGGGAACUGGCGAUCAUAGCUCCAAUACCGGACGCGAUAGCUCUGUGAUACCUCCACAAGAACAUUCCGACAUCACUAGUAGGACGGCCGAGACAGGCUCCGUCCCUGAUCCCCAACCGAAUAUUACUCUAAGCUGGACAGCUUCCCCAUCAGAACUUCGGUCCGCUGUGUUGAACGAUCGCUUGCGCGCUGCCGACUCCAGUACAGAUACUUCGAGCAGUCUGAAUAGUGAAGCUGGACAAGGGAGCCGUGCCCAUGAGACCUCCACUCGUUCCUCCACCAACGUCGAUUACCCUAGCACCUUGCGGCCAACAGCCGCCGAAAUUCGGCAUGAUAUGGGCCGACUCUCGACAUCGGAGCUGAGAACCAAUGUAGCUGCAGAGCGUCUUCGACGGCAGCGGCAGAUGAUCAACGAAGCACACAACCGCAACAACCAACGGGAACAACGAUAUCGGCAGCAGUUACUGGGAUUCGAACAGACCCGGUCUCCCAGAUGGAUUCGAAGUGUUUUGAACGAAAUCCCAGAUCGUGGCUUAGGAACUGGAAACAGAGAUCAGGAACAAGGUAGCACAGCUGGACUUGGCUGGGGUGCUGAUGGUAGGACAUUGUAA